GGAUACAGUUCGAAGGACUUAAACGAGUUGGGAAUUAGCUGCCAUCUGCAACAUGCCGUCCAAGCCUGCCCCAAUCAAGAAGGCGGCUAAGAAAGAACCAGCCAAGAAAGCGGAGGCGACGGCUCCAGAGCCGGCUCCUGAACCCGUCCCGGAGCCCGCUCCCGCCGAGGCCCCCCCUGCGGAACCCGCCCCAGCUGAGGGAGAGGCCCCUGUUGCCGAGGGAGAGGCCCCGCCACCUGCUGAAGCUGCUGAGGCACCUGCACCAGAAGAGCCUAAACCACCCACGCCUCCACCACCCAAAGAACCCACAAGUGCUCCUGUGGAUCUCUUUGUUGAGGAUAAGAACGACACUUCAGUCACUAUCAUUUGGAGUCAACCAGAGAACAUUGGGCCUACUGGUUUGGAUGGGUACACCAUUGAAGUCUGCAAGGAUGGAACUGAGGACUGGAAAGCAGUCAACACAGAACUGCAGAAGUCCUCACGCUUUGUUAUCAAGAACCAAACCACCGGUGACCGUCUGAAGAUCCGCGUGGUGGCUGUGAACGAAGGCGGCCGCAGCCCCCCGGUCACCCUCCCUGAGCCUGUGCUGGUGAAGGAGGUUGCUGAUCGUCCAAAGGUCCGUCUGCCUCGUUUCCUCAGGCAGAGAUACGUGGCUAACGUUGGAGACAAGAUCAAUCUGACCAUCCCCUUCACAGGCAAACCCAAACCUGUGGUCACCUGGACAAAGACUGGGCAGCCCCUUGACACAAAAAGAGUGAACAUUCGCAGCACUGAAAGAGACAGCAUCCUGUUCAUCCGUACAGCCGAGAGAGAGGACUCUGGAGUGUAUGAGAUGUGUGUCAAGGUGGAGGGUUUUGAGGACAAGGCUCAAAUUACCCUUCAAAUUGUUGAGCUGCCAGGGCCUCCUGCCAGUGUAAAGAUUGUGGAUACCUGGGGUUUUAAUGUUGCUUUGGAGUGGACUACACCCAAAGACAAUGGAAACACAGAGAUCACAGGUUACACAGUGCAGAAGGCUGACAAAAAAACUGGAGACUGGUUCACUGUGUUGGAGCAUUACCAUAGACUGAAUGCCACGGUCUCAGACCUCAUCAUGGGCAACACCUACAAGUUCAGAGUGUUUGCUGAAAACAAGUGUGGAAUGAGUGAGAGCGCUGCUGUUACAAAAACCGAGGCCAAGAUCUUGAAGACAGGCAUUGACUACAAGCCUCCUGAAUAUAAGGAGCACGACUUCACUGAAGCACCAAAAUUCACCACAGCUCUGGCUGACCGGGCCACUACUAUUGGCUACAGCACUAAGCUGCUCUGCUCCGUCAGAGGAUCCCCAAAACCCAAGAUUGAAUGGAUGAAAAACCAGAUGAUUAUCGGAGAUGACCCCAAGUUCAGGCAGAUCUGUGUCCAGGGUAUCUGUUCCCUGGAGAUCCGAAAGCCUAGCACCUUUGACGGAGGUGUGUACUCCUGCAGAGCCAAGAACAAUUUUGGAGAGGCAACUGUCAGCUGCAAGUUGGAGGUCAAACAGCCAGUGAUUGCAGAUGCAGACAAGAAAUAAGCUGACAUUCUCAUGUGCACAGGAGGGUGCUGGAUUCUUGGAAGAACAUGUAUAUAUGGCUGGUAACCACACUACCAAAGAGUUGUAGAGUGCGAUCUUUCACCAAGCACUAACAAAUAUCAUGAUGAAUGAUUGUUAUCGUCACUUUAUCCCUAAAACUGCAUUUCAAGUCCAUAAUCCAUGCCCACAAUCAGCUUUUUUCCCAACAAUACAGUCUAUGGUAACUAAAUUAUUAAUUCGUCAGACACUGAACUUCCCUACUUUAUCAUCUUGUCAGUGUAACACCAAGGAUUUUCCAGCGUGACUCUACUGUUCCUAAUAGAAGAACUAUAUGUAACAUCAAUGUGUUUAUACAAAUAAACAAUUUAAUUUCUGGUUUUAUUUUUUCAAUACAUUGUUUU